AUGUGCACUUCGAUUCCCAAAGAAUCAGUGACUGUUCCGCCGAUCGUGCUCGACUUCUCGACUGUCUGUAGUCUCGCUUUCCCCCACCCAGCUUCAGUUCUUGGUCAUACGGUAUGCCAUAAUUUCGUGUUGAGGAAACUGCCCGCAGUCACAGUCCGAUUGGAAUUUUAUCGUAUCCAUCACAUAAAUAAACGUGACAACACGAAAUAUCAGCUCAAAUAUGGAUCCCGACAUGGAGUUCAACGCCCUUUCGGCGUUGUAUCAAAGCGUUAUACAGGACAUGAAGCACUCUUAUCCGGCAUGGGAGAUGCAGCUUGUUUGGCUGGAUUUGUGGACUCCGUACAGGCAGUGAGCGACUAUGCGAACAAUUUAAAAGGUGCAGCCCGCGAUAUGGGCGUCUGCAUGACGAGGGUUUGUAUGCGGGAACGAGCCUUAGAACAUCGACUCAGAGCUGUUGCGGAUGCGCUUGCUGAUGAAACAGCUGUAAGCAUUCAGCAAAGAGCUGCGUAUUGGAAACAGAGAACUGCGGAGCUUGACAAAACCGCAGCUAAGCACGUGAAAAAGAUUCGAACCAGAAAGGGACGACCGGAUCCUCCUGCUGUUGCAGAGCAGCGGCAGUUGUGCAGUCAGGUUCUCAGCGAGCAACGUACUCAGUUUUCGUUCUUUAUCGGAACUCUCAUGCCCGUACUUAACAAUGAAAUUUCUUUACUCGACGAAGGACCACACAUUCGGCAAGUGGUCGAUAAUUUGGAUAGUACUGUUAAGUUGGUGGAUGGGCACACCCUGGUGCAGACAAUCCUCAGUGAUGUGUCACAAGGAGCAGACAGUGCCUGGAGGCAGUGCUUAACCCACGCCGCUCGCACUUACCGUGAUUCGGGAGGAGAUGACACGGGUCUGUCCACCCGAGCAACAACUCCCGGUAGCAGUUUUAGUCAUGAGGACAACGACAUGACGCCUCAAGCUGCCAGACCGCAUACAAUUUCGGGAGCCACUAGGUAUACUUCCAAUCACUGUGGUCUCACCUCGCACACGUUCGUCCCCCCAGCUAAACCUCCUCUUCAAAAACGACCAAGUGAUAAGAAUAUAAUCAAGGCUCGCUACACACCACCUCCUGAUGUGCCCACUACUCAUCAUCAAACUAACUCAUCACAAAUGCCCUCGUCCGCAUAUCGUUCCAGUGGUGGUUCUCAAUUCGAUCUUAAUUUAGCUCAUAACGGCCGAGUUCAACGACCUCAAAGUUUUACUGGAGAGCUGAGAACCACUUUUGCAAGUACACCGACGUUCUGCACUGGUCCAAAUUAUCCAACUGGCAGCAGCUCAUGCAGCAGCUCUGAUGCAGCUUCAUCUGCUGCUUUGAUAGCAGAGACACUACAGCAAAUUGAUCAACUUGGAUCGGAUCUGGAGAGCUACUGCGUAUCAACAGAUCAGCAACAUAAUUCUGUGCAACGGGUGCACUCGGAGUACGCAGCGCUGCGAAAUACGAAUGGAUGCGAAGCGGCAACUAAUGGACAUAGUAACACAGGGUCUGGUGUCUCUAAUGCGACUGCGCAGAAUGGAGUUCGAAUUAGAGGAGAAAGUUCCUCCCGUCCACCUCCCCCAGCUCGUCGAAGCAGCACAAUCACGUCGGCUACACCAACAGCUCCCUCAAUCGCCGAAGCUCGGAUGAGUAUGGGAUCCAUUAUGGGAAGCCGACAAUCGCUCAACUCCACCGGACUGUACUGCCCACUCGGCUCCAAUCAGGACCUCCGAUACAAUAAUGUUAACCCGUAUAACAGGCCUGCUCCAAAUUACAAAAUUUGA